UAGUGCCCCGCGCCGGCCCCUAUCUCCGGGGCGGGCCGGAAGCGGCCGGGCCGGGCGGCGAUGGCGGCGCGGGCCGCGCUGCUGCUGCUGCUGCUUCUCAUGGCGGCGGCGGCGCCGGGCCCGGCCCGAUGCUCGCAGGGAGACCGAGAACCGCUGUACCGGGAGUGCCUGAGCCGCUGCGAGCGGCAGAACUGCUCGGGGGCUGCACUGCGGCACUUCCGCGCCCGGCAGCCGCUCUACAUGGGCCUGACAGGCUGGACGUGCCGGGAUGAGUGCAAAUACGAGUGCAUGUGGCUGACAGUGCGGCUGUACCAGCAGGGCGGCCACCGCGUGCCCCAGUUCCACGGAAAGUGGCCCUUCUCGCGGUUCCUGUUCUUCCAGGAGCCGGCCUCCGCCUUCGCCUCCUUCCUCAAUGGCCUGGCCAGCCUGGUGAUGCUGCUGCGCUACCGGGCAGCCGUGCCCCCCGCCGCGCCCACCUACCCCACCUGCGUCGCCUUUGCCUGGGUCUCCUUAAACGCCUGGUUCUGGUCCACCGUAUUCCACACGAGGGACACGGCGCUGACGGAGAAACUGGAUUAUUUCUGUGCUUCGGCCGUCGUCCUGCACUCCGUGUACCUGUGCUGUGUCAGGACGCUGGGGCUGCAGCGCCCGGCCUUAAUCAGCAUCUUCAGAGCCUUCCUCCUGCUCUUCCUCGCCGGCCACAUCUCCUACCUGAGCCUGGUGCGCUUUGACUACGGCUACAACCUGGUGGCCAACGCCGCUGCUGGCAUGCUGACGGUGGCGUGGUGGCUGCGGUGGUGCCUGCGGCAGGGCCGCCGCCUCCCGCACGUGUGGAAGUGCGCGGCCGCCGUGCUGCUGCUGCAGGCGCUGGCGCUGCUCGAGCUCCUCGACUUCCCGCCCCUGCUCUGGGUGCUGGACGCCCACGCGCUCUGGCACAUCGGGACCAUCCCCCUCAACGUGCUCUUCUACAGUUUCCUGGUGGACGACAGCCUCUACCUCCUGAAGGCCAACUCCGACCUCUUCAAAGUGGACUAGAGCUGCCGGGGGGGGGGUGGAACCCCUCGUGCCCCCCCAGGGCCCUGCCCUGCCCUGUGCCAAGUGACCCCCCCGGCCCCCCCCGGCCUCCUGCCCCCCCC